AUGAGCUCGGGAGAUGAAGCGUCUCAUGCAAUUUCCAAGAAAUCCAAGAAGCCCCAAUAUUCCAGAUUUACUCAGCAAGAACUUCCUGCUUGCAAACCAAUAUUAACUCCCGGAUUGGUCAUAACAACUUUGAUCUCCAUCGGCAUCAUAUUUGUUCCUAUUGGCCUCGGUUCCUUGUCUGCAUCAGAGCAUGUGGUGGAGAUUAUCGACCGAUAUGACGACGCUUGUGUUCCUUCAAAUGGUGACGAAGAGGCAGCGAAGAGUGAGAGGCUUUCAUUCAUCCAGAAUGCCAAAACAAAUAAAACCUGUAUCAGGAAUUUAGUUGUUCCAAAGAAGAUGAAGCAUCCUAUUUAUGUAUAUUAUCAGCUUGACAACUUCUAUCAGAACCAUCGACGAUAUGUGAAGAGUAGAAGUGAUAGGCAAUACCGGAGCCCAGGAUUUGAGAGAGAAACAAAGACUUGUGAUCCUGAGUCUGAAAUCGAUGAUCACAAACCUAUUGUUCCAUGCGGCCUAGUAGCGUGGAGUUUAUUCAACGACACAUACGGGAUUUCUAUCAAAAACAAUCCUAUACCAAUUAACAAGAAAGACAUUGCAUGGCAAAGUGACAAGAAUUCUAAAUUUGGGUCUAAUGUCUAUCCUAAAAAUUUCCAAAAGCAAGAUCCAGUCGGGGGUGGAAAACUUAAUGAAAGCUUACCUUUGAGUGAACAAGAGGAUCUUCUUGUUUGGAUGAGAACUGCAGCAUUACCCAAUUUCAGAAAGUUAUAUGGGAGGAUAGAGACUGAUUUGGAAGCCAACCUCUUCUAUUGUCAUCAUUAUGUUUACAAUUAUAACACAUAUUCUUUUGACAGCAAAAAACAGCUAGUACUUUCCACAACUACUUGGAUUGGUGGGAAAAAUGACUUUCUUGGCAAGGCAUACAUCACAGUUGGUGGAAUCUGCUUGUUCCUUGCAAUAGCUUUCAUAUUAACAUAUGUCAUCAAGCCCAGGCCUUUGGGGGAUCCAGCCUACUUGUCAUGGAAUCUAAAUUCUGCUGAGCGUUUGAAAUAA